AGUUAAUCCCCCUUUUCAGCUCUCGGCUGUCUGAGAAAGAUUAGCUUGCAGAGUGACGUCACACGUAGUUACCUCAGAGUAAAUAACUCCGGCCAGCCAAAUUAUGGGUUUGUUGUCUUUACUACGAAGGAUACGAGGGACACAGGCAAAGGAAUUGAGAAUUUUAUUAUUGGGUUUAGAUAAUGCUGGUAAAACGACAUUAUUGAAGUCAUUGGCAUCUGAAGAUAUCAGUCAUAUAACCCCUACACAGGGCUUUAAUAUCAAAACAGUGCAAUCAGCAGGAUUCCAGUUAAAUGUAUGGGAUAUAGGUGGACAAAGGAAAAUUCGUCCAUAUUGGAAAAAUUAUUUUGAAAAUACAGACAUUUUGAUUUAUGUUAUAGAUAGUGCAGACAGAAAACGGUUUGAAGAAACAGGGGAGGAAUUAACUGAAUUAUUAGAGGAAGAAAAGUUAAGUGGUGUACCUGUUAUGGUUUUUGCUAAUAAACAAGAUUUAGUAACGGCUGCACCUGCUAGUGAUAUCGCAGAAGGUUUAAAUCUACAUCAGAUCCGAGACAGAGAAUGGCAUAUACAGGCCUGUUCAGCACAGACAGGCGAGGGUGUUAAGCAUGGUUUAGAUUGGUUAAUUAAAGCAUGUAGUAAAAAGAAAUAAAGAUACUCGUUCAAUCUAAUAUAAUAUAAUAUAUCUAGAUAUCUUCUUAUAUCUACAUGUAUCAUCACUCAUUUAUAUUUGUGUCAAUAUUGUAGAAAGUGAUGAUUUUUACUUACUGGAUACAAUAAUAUAGCUAUUUCCUGUAAACGUAUUGGCAACACAAAACAAACUAGAAAACUAUUUGAGUGUGCCUUUAAUUUGCACAGAAACAAGGCAUUGCCAGUAUGUCAAACUGAUUAGCGGUCGUUUAUAUUGUAUGGUUAUGUAAUCAGGAAAAGCGUGAUUUAAGAUACUGUAAAAUAAAUUUUUAUGUGACUUGCUCUACCUAAUUUAGACAAUCUAUAUUAUGGUAAAAAACAUUUUUUAUAUUUUGUACUGCAUCUCAUAUAAUAAAGGAGAUGUGACAUGUCUUAUUUAGACAGAGCUGGUCACAUGAUGGUGUUAAAUAUAAAUUAUUAUCACUGGUCACAUUCAUUUCAAUACACAGUUUUGUCCUCAUUAUUUCUUGGUUUACAGUAAUUAAAGUAAUUCACAGUUUUUAUGAAUUCCUUUAUUAUCAUGAUAAUCAUUUAUAUCUAUUGUGUAUGUUUUCAUUGCAAACAGAAUAGUCAUUCCCGCCAAAAGUUUGGUAAUUGUGCAUUGAGAGUGUCGUCCAUAAUUUGGCAUGGAAUCGGUCAUUUAGAUUUAGAAGUUAACAGUUUGGAAUAGGCUGCACGUUACUUUUAAUCAAAAUUAAUAAAAUGGAUCUGUUUUGCAUUUAAACCUUUCAGUUGGACCAGAAAACUUAAUUUGAUUGGAAAAUUAUAUUAAUAAAGUUUCAAAUAAACAGAAAACAGAUCUGAGACCUACCGGUCGGUCCCCCAUUUUUCAAAGAGAGCAAAGGACUAUUAAAAUAGGUCUGGCUGUCCAUUACACUUUUAAGGACACAUAAAAUCUCCUUCUAAUUGAGAUAGAAUGUUCAAACUGUUGGCUUGUUAUCUCAGGAGCUGAAAAUAUGUAUUUCCUUUAUCCUCAUUUAAGACUUACAAACAUACCCCAUUAAUCUUUAAAUGUUUAUCCGUCCAAUCAAAUUAUAACAAUUCUUCAGUAUUUAGAAGACUUACUUAUAAAAUGAAUUAUUUUUUGAGCAAUUUUGUGAUUUAUUCAUAUCAAAAACAGCAGUUUUUCCGUCCAAAUUUUUAAAGAUUACUGAAUAUAAAACAGGAAAAGUAUAAUCAAUCAAAUUUGUGUUUGUUAUAUUUAAAUGGCGUUUACACUAUACAACCAAUCCAUACAACCGUCGGGUGCAACAUGAUACAAUUGUUCUGUUGAUUGUACGGCAACAUUUUGUUCCUUUUUAAUAACUCAAUAAAAUGGCAGUAAGGCCAUGCUUCGUAUACAGAUUUAUUAGAUAUUCUAAUUCAGUCGUGGAUAGGUUUAUAAUCCAUUUUAGAGGACAUCAGAGUGACAGAAGACAUCUUUAAUCACGAUUUCAGAUAUGACGUCAUAUACCCAUAUGACGUCUUAUAUGAUGCAGUUGGUUUGAUGAGAAUAGAACUGAUCCUAUUCAUACAACAAGCUGUCCAUCCGAGGGGGGUUGGAUGGCUGAAUGGUUAGCAUGCGCGCGCUGUAUCAAAAAGUCUGUCAUUGAGUCGACUGGCGUGGUUUUGAUUCCACGGUUGUACGUGACAAUGAGUAGGGUCGCCUGUCCAACCUCUUGGGUUUUCUCCGGGUCCUCCGGUUUCCUCCCACUGCUAAAGACCCCUACGCGCAAGCGAAUUAUUGAAAUAAAAUUAAACCAUAUGUUGGUCCCGAAAUGACCUAGUUUGUGUCGAGUGGACGUUAAACCCAAUUUCUCUCUCUCUCUGUGUCCAUCCGACCAUUUGUCUGAUAGGUUGGUCGCUGCAUCUGAUGGUUGUAACCACUGCUUAAGGAACGAUUUGUUCAUUAAAGUUCUAAAUUAUUUAGUUAGGGACUUAAUUUGAGUAUUUUCAUAUUACUGACAGCGAAUAUCAGAUAUCUGGCGAGACGUAUCCCUAAAUAAAAUGAAAAGAUAAUUAAUGAUGUCGUUAAUUCAAGAUGUGUAUGAUAUAUGCUGCAUUGGUCUUGUUGGAGAAUUGCAAACUUGUGACCUCAUUACUGUACGAGUAUCAAUUAGAGAUCUCAUAUUACUAUUAAUAGCUAGUGACUAGUUGACAAAGUAGUUAAACUGACUUGGAUAUGGAACUUAGUCUACAUUAUUCAAAACAUUUAGUAUGAUAUUAGUCACAUCAAUUCAAUUACCACCAAUAUUUAUGUUAUUCUUUUGAGUGUAGAUAAUAGCCAUGUUGUGAAGUUUUGUUUAUUUGUUGCCAUAGUUUACAGUCAAAUCACUUAGUAAUGAUGGGGAAAUUAAGGGUAAAUAACAUCUUGGCUUACAGUAAUAUUCAGUUUGAUGUGGCUUUUCCAUUUACACAUUUCUAUCUGCUAUUGGGAAAUGGACAAGAUAUGAAUUUCGUACCAUUAAAUGAUCAGUCACACAUAUGUACAGUGUACAGGUAAAUAAAACUUGCUAAUUCCAUAAACCUUUAUCUUUGUACUGUACAUAAAACAGUUUUUAUGUGUCGCUGGCGACAAGGUUUCUUAAUCAAUACCAUGAUUGUGCCAGGGUAAAUAUGUCUAUAAGCUUACAAUUACAAAAGGUAAUAUAUUGAAUUCAAACAUAUAGGCUUAUAAUUUUGUUAAAUUUCUAAUUUAGCUGAUGUGUUGAAAACAUAUCUACAUAAUAGUAUUGUGGAUUGGUGAGUCAUGAAUGAUCUCCGUUAAUUAGUGAAUGACAUUGCUGAUAGUCAUUAGAAUAUAUUAACUGUCUUUUGGACCACAGAUCUAAAAAAUAAGGCGUUUUUACUCAUACUUUAAUUUAGAACCACUUAUUUCAAGAUAUACUGUAUAAGAUUUGGGACAAUUCCUUUAAGUAUUGUAAAUUAAACACAGCCAAUUACAAAUAUUAGUACCUCAAGAAAUAUUGAUUUUAAUUGGCCAGGGAUAUUCACAUGAAUUCAGAAGUUUGAUGCCAUAGAAAUAUUUGUGAUUUGUCUAUGCUAUGAAUGUUCAUUCCAUUUUACAUGUACGUGUCUUGGGAGAAAAUAAAAGUGUAUGUCGUC